CGCUGGCAGACAGCCGGAGCGGCCGGUGGCGGAGCGGAGAGAAGAAGUGAAGAAAAGGACCGAGAACCGGACACCGGGACAGCGGAGGACCGAGCAGCCCUCCGCACCGAUGGACAACCGGGAUAUUUAACCGUCUGCCACCGGGAGCGCGCAGGUCGCCGCGCUUUGUCGCCCUCCAGCUCCGUGCGUAAAAGCGGAUCUGCGCGUGUUUUUACGCAGCGGCGGCUUCAUUGUUUGCGGAGAGUCACGGGCCUUUUACCGAUCACCGGAUUAAUGACGGACUGAGGAGCAUGAGGGGAUCGGUGGGAGUAGGUACCGGAGACCCGCUCUGCUCCGUCCCUCCGCUCUCUGAGGACCCACGGAUGUUCCGCUGAGUCUCCAGUCCUCCGCCUCCCGGGUCAUUGAUGGGAAACCAACUGGACCGGAUCACCCACCUCAACUACAGCGAGCUGCCCACCGGGGAUCCGUCCGGGCUGGAGAAGGACGAGCUCCGGGUCGGGGUCGCCUACUUCUUCUCGGACGAGGAGGAGGAGGUGGAGGACCGAUCUCCGUCCGACUGCGGCUUCAGCCAGGACCUGAGCCCGGCCGAGGACGGACCGUUCCCGGUCAGCGAGGUGGAGUUCUCGGCCUUCUGCUCCCAGGAAUGCAUCUUCUCCAAGCUGCGGGAGAACGAGGACCUGAACGUGUUCGCGGCGGAAACUUUGCUGACGAUGUGCAAACCGGGAGACCUGCUGGAGCUCGUGGCCGCCGCGCAGCCGCCGCACUGGCUCAUCUACGAGCGGGACGAGCGGGUGAUCCACCUGCACAAGGGCCAGAUCCGCCGGGACAGCCUGCUUGAGGUGAGCGGCGGCCGCCACGGGAGGAUAGUGAACAACCGGUACCGGUACCGGCCGCUGCCCCCAGAUCUGGUGCUGCAGAACGCGGCAGGACACGUGGGGCUGCGCAGCGAGGAGAUCUGCUGGACCAACUCGGAAAGUUUCGCCGCAUGGUGCCGCUUCGGGAAGCGCGAGUUCAAGGCGGGCGGAGAGGCGCACUCCGCCGAGCAGCAGUACUUCCUCAAGGUGCACCUGUCCGGCGGCGGCGUCCACCUGUCCGGCGGAGGCGUGCACACGCUCGUGUUCCGCAGCCUGGAGGACAUGAUCCGGGAGCGGCGGCGGGUGGACGCGAGCGGGAUCCUGAAGGAGCUGGUGCACGGCGGAAAACCGUGACCGACCAGAGGAGGAGGAGGAGAGGGGGGAUUCCGGGUUUCGUCCUCGUGCACACUGUUUUUCCUGCGCGCGCACACACACCAAGCACACGGACACAUGCAAGGACCUGUUGGACCGGGGGCGCGCCCUGAGCUGGAGAGGCGCGCGGCCACAGACAGACAGACGGACGGACAGACAGGCCACGCCCCUCCAGUUCCGACCCAUCAAACCCACAGAACCGCAGAAUCACGCGUCAGACCCGCACAUUGCUCACACGGCUCGGUUCCGGUUCCGGUGCCGCAGCGGUGAACCGGGAGAGGGGGGGCACCGGAUUGGGGGAAGUCUAUUUUUUUACUGUUAGCUUUAAGAACCGGGACAGAACACCGGAGCCGGUCCCAGCUCUCUGCCAUACCGUCCCUGUGGACCAGGACCAGGACCAGGACUCAUACAUUGACUUAUUUUUCUAUUUAAUUUGGUGGAUUUAAACCUGAUCUUUUUUUUUUUUUCCUUUCUUUUUUUGGUUCAAAUAAAUGGAGGUUGAAAUAUGA